ACUGCAUUUGCUCUAACAGUCUUGAAGUCAGCAUGGACACGAAUUUGUCAGCGCGUUGUGCUUUGGUUCUUUUUCUGUUGGCAUUUGUAGAUUUGAAAAUAGUCUCUGCUGCAGAAACGGGAGGCACAUCUACAGCAAAGCCUGGACUGUGCCCUCGUAGACAAUGGGACGUGGGAAUAUGUGCAGAGUUAUGUUCCAAUGACAGUGACUGCCCCAAUGAUGAAAAAUGCUGCCACAAUGGAUGUGGGCAUAACUGCAUUGCACCGUACACAGCAAAGCCUGGAGUGUGCCCUCGUAGACGAUGGGGCAGAGGGAGGUGUGCAGAGUUAUGUUCCGAUGACAGUGACUGCCCCAAUGAUGAAAAAUGCUGCCACAAUGGAUGUGGGCAUAACUGCAUUGCACCGUACACAGUGCCGAUCCCCCCGAAGGCAGGUCAGUGCCCGCUGCUAAUGAAUGUCAUGCCGUCACACAAGGGAUGUGCCCGCGAUGAGGACUGUCCUAAAGAUGACAAAUGCUGCAUCUUUGACUCUGACGCCUUGUGUGUCCCACCUGACUUCACAAAGCCUGGAGUGUGCCCUCGAAGACGAUGGGGCGUAGGGACGUGUGCAGAGUUAUGUUCCAAUGACAGUGACUGCCCCAAUGAUGAAAAAUGCUGCCACAAUGGAUGUGGGCAUGACUGCAUUGCACCGUACACAGUGCCGAUCCCCCCGAAGGCAGGUCAGUGCCCGCUGCUUCUGAAUGUCAUGCCGUCACACAAGGGAUGUGCCCGCGAUGAGGACUGUCCUAAAGAUGACAAAUGCUGCAUCUUUGACUCUGACGCCUUGUGUGUCCCACCUGACUUCACAAAGCCUGGAGUGUGCCCUCGAAGACGAUGGGGCGUAGGGACGUGUGCAGAGUUAUGUUCCAAUGACAGUGACUGCCCCAAUGAUGAAAAAUGCUGCCACAAUGGAUGUGGGCAUGACUGCAUUGCACCGUACACAGUGCCGAUCCCCCCGAAGGCAGGUCAGUGCCCGCUGCUUCUGAAUGUCCUACCGUCACACAAGGGAUGUGCCCGCGAUGAGGACUGUCCUAAAGAUGACAAAUGCUGCAUCUUUGACUCUGACGCCUUGUGUGUCCCACCUGACUUCACAAAGCCUGGAGUGUGCCCUCGUAGACGAUGGGGCGUAGGGACGUGUGCAGAGUUAUGUUCCAAUGACAGUGACUGCCCCAAUGAUGAAAAAUGCUGCCACAAUGGAUGUGGGCAUGACUGCAUUGCACCGUACACAGUGCCGAUCCCCCCGAAGGCAGGUCAGUGCCCGCUGCUUCUGAAUGUUGUGCCGUCACACAAGGGAUGUGCCCGCGAUGAGGACUGUCCUAAAGAUGACAAAUGCUGCAUCUUUGACUCUGACGCCUUGUGUGUCCCACCUGACUUCACAAAGCCUGGAGUGUGCCCUCGAAGACGAUGGGGCGUAGGGACGUGUGCAGAGUUAUGUUCCAAUGACAGUGACUGCCCCAAUGAUGAAAAAUGCUGCCACAAUGGAUGUGGGCAUGACUGCAUUGCACCUAACACAGCAAAGCCUGGAGUGUGCCCUCGCAGACGAUGGGGCAGAGGGACGUGUGCAGAGUUAUGUUCCGAUGACAGUGACUGCCCCAAUGAUGAAAAAUGCUGCCACAAUGGAUGUGGGCAUAACUGCAUUGCACCGUACACAGUGCCGAUCCCCCCGAAGGCAGGUCAGUGCCCGCUGCUUCUGAAUGUCCUGCCGUCACACAAGGGAUGUGUCCGCGAUGAGGACUGUCCUAAAGAUGACAAAUGCUGCAUCUUUGACUCUGACGCCUUGUGUGUCCCACCUGACUUCACAAAGCCUGGAGUGUGCCCUCGAAGACGAUGGGGCGUAGGGACGUGUGCAGAGUUAUGUUCCAAUGACAGUGACUGCCCCAAUGAUGAAAAAUGCUGCCACAAUGGAUGUGGGCAUGACUGCAUUGCACCGUACACAGCAAAGCCUGGAGUGUGCCCUCGUAGACGAUGGGGCGUAGGGACGUGUGCAGAGUUCUGUUCCAAUGACAGUGACUGCCCCAAUGAUGAAAAAUGCUGCCACAAUGGAUGUGGGCAUAACUGCAUUGCACCGUACACAGUGCCGAUCCCCCCGAAGGCAGGUCAGUGCCCGCUGCUUCUGAAUGUCCUGCCGUCACACAAGGGAUGUGUCCGCGAUGAGGACUGUCCUAAAGAUGACAAAUGCUGCAUCUUUGACUCUGACGCCUUGUGUGUCCCACCUGACUUCACAAAGCCUGGAGUGUGCCCUCGAAGACGAUGGGGCGUAGGGACGUGUGCAGAGUUAUGUUCCAAUGACAGUGACUGCCCCAAUGAUGAAAAAUGCUGCCACAAUGGAUGUGGGCAUGACUGCAUUGCACCGUACACAGCAAAGCCUGGAGUGUGCCCUCGUAGACGAUGGGGCAGAGGGACGUGUGCAGAGUUCUGUUCCAAUGACAGUGACUGUCCCAAUGAUGAAAAAUGCUGCCACAAUGGAUGUGGGCAUAACUGCAUUGCACCGUACACAGCAAAGCCUGGAGUGUGCCCUCGUAGACGAUGGGGCGUGGGGAUGUGUGUGGAGUUCUGUUCCAAUGACAGUGACUGCCCCAAUGAUGAAAAAUGCUGCCACAAUGGAUGUGGGCAUGACUGCAUUGCACCGACACAGUGAAGCCCGGUCGCUGUGUCCUGCCCAACGGGACCUACAUGUGUGCCGAGUACUGUUACAAAGAUGGCCAGUGCCCCGAGGAACAGAUGUGUUUCCGGAUAUGUUGAUUCUAUGCCUGCAGUGAGCCAUUGAAGCUUUAUUGGAAAUUCUUAUUAGUUAUAAGAAAUAAGUAGAAAAUACAAAUCAUUACAUGUACAAUUAUGUCUAUGAAAACUGAUGAUUUUAUGCAAUAAUAAAUAUGAAAAAUUAUCAUAGCUUUUAUGGAAACUGGACAAUUUUCAUGGGCAUUAUGUGAAUUGACAAACUCAUGUGGACUGCUGAAUUUGAAUAAAACAAGAUUUUGAACA